AUUAAUAAUUCAAUGAGCAAAAUUAAUAAUUUAUUUUCGAAUUAUUUUAUUUUAUUAAAUGAUUUCAUCAUUGUAGCUAAUAUUAACUUCAUAAAAUAUAUUUGAAAUAAGUUCUGUAGGUUUUAAGGUACAGUUUAUGAAGUCUGAACGAUUAUAGAUUUAUUCAUUAUUGCCUAAUUAUGUUUUUAUUUAAUAUUUUAAACUGUGAACCUAUCAUAAUGUAAUAUAUAUAUUAUAGAUUCCGACAUACGGUUAAGUUUUUGGUGAUAGUUGUGGCGAAGACCCAGGCUAUAUCAGAAGGGAUAUCACUGAAGGUUGCAGAAGUGGUGGUGGUGGUACCAGAAGUCUUGGAAAAAGACUGACAAGACUCUGUUAUAAUAAUUGCAUGACAAUUUGCUUACGUCAAAAGUUUGCAGUAUGCGGCCGACACCUGAAACAGGAGCAAAGCGAAAGAUUGAUCCAGAGGCUGCCCAAAGUAAUAGGAGCAUUAAGACAAGUAGGAGCACCAUCAGUAGUGGUAGCAAAAGUAGCAGUAGCAACAACAGGAGUCAUAGGAGCACGAGCUUAAUAGCACCAGCUGCUGUAGUGGUAGCACCAGCAGUAGUAUCCGCAACAUCAGCAGUAGAAGCAUCAACAGUGGUAGCAGCACCAGCAGUAGUUGCAGUGCCAGCAGCAGGAGUACCAGCUUUCGUAGUCUGUGGUGGCAAGUCGCUGAAAAAACCUCACGUUAAGAUUGAAGCUGAUGCAGAAACUAUCAUCAGUAGUAGGAGCACUAACAGUGUGGCACCAGCUGCUGUUAUAGGAUCGCCAAGAGUAAUAGGAGCACCACCUUUAGUGAGCAGUGCUGGUGGUGUCAAUCGUCACAGCAAUUCGCUGACAGGCCUUCUUAAAGCUGAAAUAAAAGAAGAAAGUCCGAAUGAGAUAGAUUACCUGAAACUAGUGGACCAGCUGUACACAGGGAGGCAGAGGACGGAAAAAAAUAAUCGUAUGCGGCCGACCGAUCGAGGAGCUGUACCAGAGAAUAUCAUGGAACCGUAUAAUUUAUCAUUCUGGCUUGGUAGUGAUGCAGAAGUUGCCAGCAGUAGUAGGAGCGCCAACAGUGUGGUACCAUCUGCUGUUGUAGGAUUGCCAAGAGUAAAAGGAGCCCCACCUUUAGUAAGCAGUGCUGCUGGUAUCAAUCGUCACAGAAAUUCACUGACAGGCCCUUUUAUUAAGAUUGAAGCUGAUGCAGAAACUAUCAUCAGUAGUAGGAGCGCCAACAGUGUGGCACCAGCUGCUGUUAUAGGAUCGCCAAGAGUAAUAGAAGCACCGCCUUUAGUGAGCAGUGCUGGUGGUGAUAAUCGUCACAGCAAUUCGCUGACAGGCCCUCUUAAAGCUGAAAUAAAAGAAGAAAGUCCGUAUGAGAUAGAUUACCUGAAACUAGUGGACCAGCUGUACAUAGGGAUGAUGAUGACGGAAAAAAAUAAUCGUAUGCGGCCGACCGAUCGAGGAGCUGUACCAGAGAAUAUCCUGGAACCGUAUAAUUCAUCAUUCUGGCUUGGUAGUGAUGCAGAAGUUGCCAGCAGUAGUAGGAGCGCCAACAGUGUGGCACCAUCUGCUGUUAUAGGAUCGCCAAGAGUAAUAGGAGCACCACCUUUAGUGAGCAGUGCUGGUGGUGUCAAUCGUCACAGCAAUUUGUUGACAGGCCCUUUUAAAGCUGAAAUAAAAGAAGAAAGUCCGUAUGAGAUAGAUUACCUGAAACUAGUGGACCAGCUGUACAUAGGGAUGAUGAUGACGGAAAAAAAUAAUCGUAUGCGGCCGACCGAUAGAGGAGCUGUACCAGAGAAUAUCAUGGAACCGUAUCAUUUAUCAUUUCAGCUUGGGGGUGAUGCAGAAGCUGCCAGCAGUAGUAGGAGCACUGUAAGAAAUAGGAGCACCAGCAGUAGUAGCAGUUCCAGCGAUGAUGGCACUUACUUGUUUAAGUGAUUUUUAAAUGGUUUGAAGUAAAAUAUAGCAUGUUUUCAUCAGGUUUUUUCAGCUUAAAAAUUCUUAUUAGAAUAAUUUAACCUAAUUGUGUCUAUUGGGGUGGUUUAUGAGGAAUGAGGUUUGCCCCAAAAGUUUUGUAAUCAUAUUACAGCGUUAUGCAUUAUUUAUUAGGUUUUUUUAAAAAUUUUAUUGAAUAAUAGCAAAAUAUUUAUGUAUCAUUGACAAUGUUGUUGCCAAUUUAUAAUUUAUAUUUUCUGAUAAAAGUUUAAUUAUUGAAAAUUCAGUAGGCUCAUUUUGUCAAGUAUACUACCUACAGCAAUUCAUUGCAUUUUAUCUAGAAUUUUAAGUUUUCUAUGAUAAUCUUAGUUAUAACCAUUAAUAUAUUCUUACACUCCAAUCUAUUUUUUUUUGAUAUUUUUAUAUGUAUUAAAUUAGUUAUUAGUUGUAACUUGUAAGACUCAGGCACGCCCGGAGGGGGUGGCCAGGUGGUGCAAAUGCACCACCUGAGAAUUUUAAUAAUUUGGAUUUUUCAAAUAAAUAAUAAAAUAUAAAAAUUCCUUCUCUGUAAAUUUUUAAUUUAUGCCCAUGAUUAUUCCCAAUAUAGUAAAUAUUAAAUACUUAUUAGCUAUUCUGGCAUCUGGCUAUUCUGAGAUACUACCGUCUGCCGCAUUUUAGUACUGUGUACAGUCACGUCUAACCA